UGACGUCAGGUUUCCGCAUCUCGUGAAUCGCUUGACAGUGUAGAAGUGAGCAGUGCUCCUCAUAACUAUGGCCGACACUCAGCCGGAGCUAAUGGACGAGAAUGAGCCCCUCUUCAGUAACCUGGACAUCAUCCUCUUUUCGCUUAUUGCGGGUCUGCUCAUCUACUGGCUGAUAUUCCGCAAGAAAGCAGAGCCCAUCCCCGAGUAUAAAAAACUGGAGCCCACGGCUCCAACAACUAGGGAAACCAGUUUUAUUGAAAAAAUGAAGAAAACGGGCAAGAACAUCGUUGUGUUUUACGGCUCUCAGACGGGCACCGGUGAGGAGUUCGCCAAUCGACUCUCUAAAGAUGCUCAUCGCUACGGCAUGAAGGGGAUGUCAGCAGACCCAGAGGAAUAUGACAUGGGAGAGCUCUCUCGUCUGACUGAGAUUGAGAACUCUUUAGCGAUCUUCUGCAUGGCCACAUAUGGAGAGGGCGACCCCACUGAUAAUGCUCAGGACUUCUAUGACUGGUUACAAGAGGGUGAUGCUGACCUCAGUGGAGUUAAAUACACCGUGUUUGCCCUGGGCAAUAAGACAUAUGAGCACUAUAAUGCCAUGGGAAAGUAUGUGGACAAGAGACUGGCCGAGCUGGGAGCUCAAAGGAUCUUUGAUCUGGGAAUGGGAGAUGAUGACGCAAAUCUUGAGGAGGACUUUGUUUCAUGGAGAGAGCAAUUCUGGCCGGCUGUUUGUGAACACUUUGGAGUUGAAGCGACUGGUGAAGAAUCCAGCAUCCGUCAGUACGAAUUGAAGGUACACACUGAUCUGAACAUGAAUAAGGUCUACACUGGAGAGCUUGGACGCCUCAAGAGCUUUGAGAACCAGAAGCCGCCAUUUGAUGCAAAGAAUCCUUUCCUGGCACCUGUGACUGUGAACCGUAAACUCAAUAAGGGUGGAAUCAGACACCUGAUGCACCUGGAGCUGGACAUCACGGGGUCUAAGAUCAGGUAUGAAUCAGGAGACCAUGUUGCGGUGUAUCCCAUCAAUGACACAGCUAUAGUGAACAGGAUUGGUGAGAUCCUUGGAGUGGACCUUGAUACUGUUAUCUCCCUCAAUAACCUUGACGAGGAAUCCAAUAAGAAGCAUCCGUUCCCCUGCCCCACCACGUACCGCAUCGCCUUGACACACUAUCUGGACAUCACAAACUGUCCGCGCACAAAUGUGCUGUAUGAACUGGCGCAAUACGCCUCCGACCCCAAAGAACAGGAGAACAUGCGUAAGAUGGCCUCCUCCUCACCUGAGGGCAAAGCGCUGUAUCAGAGCUGGGUGCUGGACUCGUGUAGGAAUAUUUUGGCUAUUCUUGAGGAUUUUCCGUCUUUGCGGCCACCUGUCGAUCACCUGUGUGAGCUUCUGCCACGACUGCAAGCGCGCUAUUAUUCAAUUGCAUCUUCUUCCAAGGUCCACCCCAACAGUAUCCAUAUCUGCGCUGUAGUGGUGGAGUAUGAGACUAAAACAGGCCGUGUCAACAAAGGGGUCGCCACUAACUGGCUCAAGAACAAAUUACCAACUGAUAAUGGACACAAGGCCACAGUGCCCAUGUACAUCCGCAAAUCUCAGUUCCGCCUGCCCUUUAAGUCCACAAACCCUGUGAUCAUGAUCGGACCUGGCACCGGCAUCGCACCCUUCAUAGGCUUCAUUCAGGAGCGAGGAUGGCUCAAAGAACAAGGUAAGGAAGUUGGAGAUACGGUAUUGUACUUUGGCUGUCGUCACAAAAAUGAGGACUUCCUGUACCAGGAGGAACUUCAAGAGUACGAAAAGACUGGCGUUCUGACGGGGCUUAAUGUCGCUUUCUCCAGAGACCAGGCACAGAAGGUGUACGUACAGCAUCUCCUAAAGAACAAUAAGGAGACCAUUUGGAGGCUGGUUCACACAGACAACGCACACAUCUACAUCUGUGGAGAUGCUCGGAACAUGGCACGGGAUGUCCAGAACUCCUUCUACGAGAUUGCAGAGGAGCUGGGCGGAAUGAGCCGCACUCAAGCUGUAGAUUACAUCAAGAAACUGAUGACAAAGGGACGCUAUUCACAGGACGUCUGGAGUUAAAUGGCCUAUAAGAAGGGAAACAUUCCUGAUUUAUUUUUUUUAUGGAUGGGUUUAAAUGUGUUUGCUAUUAUCACUCUGGCAUGUUUGUCAAGGAAAGGAAAACAUUGACACACAGCUCCUCAUUCUGAAGUGAAACCAUGCUGAAUUCAACACUGAUUGCUUAUGGUUGGGUAUUUAAAAAAAAAAAAAAAAAAAAAAAGUAAAUAUAUACAAAGACGUGUUGAAUAUUGACUGUGGAAUCACCUUCUGAACAUCCUAAUUAUGGCAUAGUAAUCCAUGGAAUUAGAGGGAGGGAAAUGUAAUGUAGCCUUUCAUAUUAUGCAUAGACCCUUAUAAUCAAACAUUUGGUCGUUUCUAGUAGCAGCCAAGUGCAGUGGAAUGAGUUGAUUACUCUGGAUGAUGUAACUAUUAUAAAAGUAGAACUGUUUUGGCAAAGAUAGCUGCCUUCUUUAAGUGGAGAGACUUGAACUUGCAUGUUAUUGGUAUGCACUUGAUAGAAGUUGUUCUUAACAUGCGAAAAAGACACGUCAUGUUAUUUGAUCAGAAAUGAACCAGUGUAUGUAUGUAUAUUGUCUUUAAAGCAGUUUUUAACUGUUCAGUUUCUGAAACAUCUUCUCUGUGAGGGUGGAUGACAUAUUUGCUUCUAGUUCUUUAAAGUACAAGCAUCUUGAAUAUCUAGAUAUUCCCUUUUCAAUUUUGUAUUCUUUUUUUAAUUUUGGCUGAUUAUGAAUGUAACCCCAUUUCAAACUUGAUGGCGCUUGAACAUUUUAUUCUUCUUUGAGGUGCUCAGAAAUGCCUGUUCUUUUCUCAUCAUUCCAGUGGUAACCACUGUAUGACUUGUUACAGAGUUGACCAUUAAAUCUGUGAUCGUCUCAUGUAUAAAAGGCUGAGACACAAACAAGGGGUCGAAUGCUGGUCUGGGGAGCUGCUUUGUCAAGUAACCCACUCUAGUGCCUUAUUUAAUGUGUGGUGUUAAUUAAUAGUGAAACUUAAAGAUCGGCAUCGCUGCUGAAAAUGUCAAAAACAAAUUAGGAUAAUUCAAGUAUAUAUACUAGGAGUCCAGUUUUAUAUGCAACUAUUGUUUCCUAUUCAUUACUACUAUUUAGGCAUGUCUUUUUAAUUAAUAAAAUUAUGAUAUAACAUCAA